AUCUUCAACACAACUAUCACAAUGCGUUCACCACUGAAUUCGCUCACAUUCUACGACCCUUCAACGCGAGUUUGGAGGGGAACACUAGCGCCUCCUAGGUAUGAUCCACAUCAAUCGCUUGGAGGUGUGGUACUCAGUGCUCUGGAUAGGUUCCCGGAGAAGAUAGCUGAAAUCAACGUUGAAAGCGAGACCCGUCUCACGUUUGGAGAAAUGAAGCUCAGAACAGUUCGGAUGGCGCAGAAUUUGACCUCACUGGGCUACAAUGAGACGGACACGUGCACUUUGGUGACCCUGAAUAGCGAUCACGUGGCUCCGCUCGUCUACGCAUGUUUGACCUUGGGGAUCACUAUCAAUCCGUUGGAAGUUUCACUGCCAAGUAUUGGAUUCGUCCACAUGUUGAAAACGGUGAAACCGAGUGUAGUCUUUUGUGAACAGAGAUCUCUGCAAGAAGUGGAGGCCGCCAUGAGCAUGAUCGAUUUGAGUGUUGAAGUGUUUGUGAUAGGUGAACGAGUCGAAGGGUACAAACACGUAGAGGAUCUUCUAGUGGAGACCGGCGAAGAGGACCAAUUCGUUCCAACGGAUCUCGAGGAUGCAGCUAAUCGUGUCGCAGUGAUUCUGAGUUCUUCGGGCAGUACCGGGCCUUCGAAAGCUGUGUGUCUGUCGCAUGCCGCCUGUAUCGCAAAUAUGGUUGGAUUGUUCGAAUUCCAUCCUGAUGAAAUUGUUCUGUAUUUCAGUUCGAUGUAUUGGCUGUCCGGUUUCGCUACCUUGAUAUCGGCCGUGGUGGCAGGAUCGACUCAAGUUAUGACUAGAUCGCCCUUCAGCCCUGAGCAUAUCUUGUCGAUAAUUGAAAAAUACAUGGUGACAUGGUUUUUCUUGGUUCCGGAACAUCUAAGAAGUGUCAUUAACCAUCCUAAGGCUAGUCAAACCGAUUUGUCCAGUAUCAAACGCUGUCUUAGUGGUGCAGCCUACGUCUCUUGUGAGUUAAAGCGAAAUACUGAAUUACUCAUUCCUGGUGUGGAUUUUAUGAUUGCCUACGGAUUUACUGAACUGGCAGGGGUAAUAGCCAUUGCAGAGAAAGGUUAUUACAAAGAGGGGUCCACGGGGAUACUGAAUUUCUACUGCCAAGCUAAGAUCGUUGAUGACACAGGGAAGGCAUUGGCAAUUGGAGAGUCUGGAGAACUACUCGUCAAAUCGGAUUACACUUUUCUAAGGUACGAGAACAAUCAGCAGACAACUGAAGAAACAAUGGAUUCCAACGGUUGGCUGCAUACCGGAGACAUCGCGUGGUUCGAUGAAGAUGGUUUCCUAUUCCUGAUCGAUCGCAAGAAGGACAUCAUUCGUUCGAACGGUCACAUCAUAUCACCGAGCGAGAUUGAGAACGUAAUCCAGGCCAUCCCAGGUGUUGUUGUAGUGUGCGUGGCUGCAAUCACUCUCGACUGUGGUUUGGACGUGCCGACAGCUUUCGUGACGAAAUCCGAUGAGUCGCAGCUUGAUGAAGAGCACAUCAAACGAGUGGUUGCACAGAAACUUCCGAGCUUCUGUGAACUCCGUGGUGGAAUACACUUCGUCAAGCGUAUUCCAUUUACGAUGACCGGAAAGAAACAUAGAGCCGAGUGCAGGAAGCUGUUGCAGAAGAAUGCGGAGAUCCGGAAAUGAAAACUUGUUUUUUUCACAGCGGUACCUUUUGAUAAUUUUUUUAUGUUUUAAUGUUCAAUUUAACUUACUUUCAAGUUUUAAUCUUAGCAACAAGUGUGU